AUGGCGGAUGUUUCGUCUUCGAGAAACUGCAAAAAGGUGAGUUUUUCUACCGUUUUUUAGUUUUUAUUCUCCUGCUGAAAAUAAUGACUUUCUAACCACUAGCCAUGUUCAUUAAUACGAUCUUUUUCUCCCCUUGUAAAAUAGAAAUCGAUGUUUUGGAUAUUAAUGUCAUCUUUGAUUCUCUGUGUCAAUGUACUCCCCGGCGCGUCUUUCUAUCUUCCUGGGAUUGCUCCCAUCGAUUACAAAAAGGGAGAGAAACUCGAUGUAAAGGUGGGUUGCUUUAUGAAAACUAUUCCUUAGCCAUGUGCUGUUAGGGAUGUUAUUCACAGUGGAUACUCAUUCUAUAUAUAUCUAGCCAAUUAUUUUAACUAUAUAAGUUUAUAACAUUAACUAUAUUUUAAAAAAAAUUCCUUUAAAGGAGUUUGCUGGUAAGUUUACAUUCAGCUUUGAACCUUAUAAUUUACAUCUAUAUCAAAUGUAUGUAAACAUAAUUAAAGCUGGAAUUGUCAUCACACUGUCCCACUGCCAGAAGGCAUCCAUAUCCAAGUUUUCAUUUUUUAUCAUUCAAAGAAGUUGCCAUGCCAUUUACAAUCUUACAAUCUUGUUUAUAUUUUAUCCUCGGGGUCGAAGUUGCAGGUUUACAGAUGUGACUAAAUGUCCUUCAACCAAAACCCUGAUCCUUAUCAUAACACCUUCAGCUGCACUCCCACCUGCAUCUGAAAAUUAAACCCAACAUUUUUGAUAAAUUUAUUUGGUCAGCUUUGUUGGUGUCUAGUUUUUUUGUUAUGCAUAUUAGCUUAUCCUGUUCCUGUAUUUUAUGGUUCUCAUUAAAUGCUGGCAACCAUCUAAAAAAAAUGGCUACUUUGAGGCUUCUUGAGCCAUCCAUUUCUGGAGGAAAAAGGGCAAUAAAGUGAGGGAGUGAAAGCCUUAAAUUGCCUGCAGCACUUAAUUUCCAGGCCACCUUCUUUUUCAUCCUAGCUGCCUGCUUUAAAAGAUAAUGAGAAUCCUGUAUAUAAUUAUUUUGGUCAUAUACUGUAUAGUUGUGAGUCAUGAGAUAUGUUAAAAAAUAUGUAUAUGUUGCAGUUAAUUUUUUAUCCUAGUUAAUUUUUGUUUUUCCUUUGUUUAAAAUUCAUUAGCAUACAUUACCAUACCCCAAAACAAUGGAAAAACAAAAAUUAACUAGGAUAAAAAAUUAACUACAACAUAUAUAUGAGCGUGAGUCAAUAAUUAAACAAAUGAAUUUUUUAAAAAAAUGAUUCAAGCUUUCCCUGCAUUCAAAGGCUAUCUGUAAAGUCUACUGUGGCCAGUGUGCAAAGAAAGUAGUGUCUGAUAGGCUGGGGCUAGUGGAUUUUGCUAUUGGGCUAGUGAAUUCUUUUUUUAACUUGCCCAAUGGGCAAGUGAUGUUUGUUGAGGAAUUCGAAUAACAGAAGAACUGUGAAAUCAAUUCUGCUUGUCAAAAAGCUUUUGGGGCUAGUUGAAAUGACAUCUGGGCUAGUAAAUGCUAGCUGCUGCUUGCCCAAGUGGCAAGCUGUAAAAAUGAUUUCCUUUGCACCUUGGUACCCCUUUCACUCAUACGUGAUGUAGACCAAAUUAUUUUGAGAUUACCUUUGAACCUCUUCACAACAGCCACCUUGGGGACACGAGAAAGUGGCCGUUGUGGACGUGUUAUGGCAGUUGGGGACAGACUUUAGUGGCCAGUGGCCGUUGCCAUUAUAGAGAAGUGGCCAAUAUAGAAAGGUUUAAGUAAGAGUCAAUUUAUGGACUGCAUAAAAAGUGACCAUUGCAGAGAGGUGGCUGCCAGUAAAGGUUCGAAUGUAUUUAUUGCUGUAAUCUUUAAAUCUGUGGAUGAAAUCCUUUACUGUUACUUUUAAAUGAGACCUUUGGAAGAAUCUAUGAAAAUAAUUUGGAGUAUCAGUAGCAUUUUACAAACUAAAAUUUGAAUUUUUUUGUGAAGUCUUCCUUUUGCCAGUUGUGAAAAGGUUACAUAAUGGAAAUCAGAGAUUGUUCAGCCAUCCAACACACUUCAAUCUUACUGCAAAAGAAAUUUCUUAAUUCUCACUGUGGCAACUGCUUUGGAUGCUCCUUUUUACUUUACUGGCUACAGGCCCGGGUCAGAUUAUAUUACUGGGCUUAUGAUCCUGACAACUGGAUCCUGAGAUUGCUUUUGUAUCCUAAUUCCUUUGUUUCAAUUCCUAUUAAUUGGGAGGAAAAACAAUUAAACUCAGGUGGACAGUAGUUACACUGUCACUGCUUAAUUGCAGAUUAAAAGACAUUUUUGUUUGUAACGUUUAUACUUGUAAUAAUUGGUGUACAUGUGCUAGUUUUGAAUUAAAAAUAUUGUGCGGUUUACUUUUGUAUUGGCGGGGUUAAGUCUUGGAAAAUGGUUGUGAAGGUUACAAUAAGCUAACAGUUGUACCUGUUUGAAAGAAAGUGUUAAAAUAGCUGAGAUCUUGUGUUCCUUACUUGUGACCUUAAGUUGUAUAUGUUUACGCACUGACACCAGUAGCUGAACUUGAUGACUUUUUAGGCAGUUAAAAUGACAAGUGUAAAGACACAGUUACCAUUUGAGUACUACGCUGUACCCAUUUGCAAACCAGACAAGUUGCAAUACAAGCCUGAAAAUCUAGGUAAGUUGUCUAGUAAGGUUUUUAUGUCCUUUUUAAACUUUUCCUGUUAAGGUUUUUUAUGUGCUCAUUUCAUAACAGAAAUUACAAGAAUACAUUAACAAAUUUGAUCACCUUUGUAAAGUUACAUCAUAUGAUUUUGUUCUCAGGUGAAGUUCUUCGAGGGGAUAGAAUAGUCAACACACUCUAUGAGGUAUGGGAAGUUGUGUGAAUGGCAUUCAGUAUCACUAUGAAGUUUUCCAAUUCCAGAAAGUUUAUGCUUGAUUAACUAAGCAUUUCCUUCUUUAGUAAGUCCUUUCCAUUUAGCAGUAUUACUUAAUACAUGUUUCUGUACAGCAUAUACUGUAGGUGACUGUAUAUGGUUUAAAAGUGUAUGUUCAAUUAGUAUUUUUAUGUCUAUGUUACAGGUCAAAAUUAUAUUCAGGUUAAAAUAUUUUAACCUAGGGGUUUAACCUGAGUUUUAAUUUUAGCCUGUAAGCUCUGUGUACAUUGUCUUGUUGUUCACUUUUGGCCUGUAUAAUUUAUUAGAUUAAUAUGGCAGAAGACAAAGGUUGUACAUUGCUAUGCCAACCAAAAACUUUAACUGGAGAUGAAUCAACAAAGCUUGUCAAGUUAAUAUCUGAAGAAUACCAUGUUCACAUGUAGGUAUCUUCAAUAGCUAUCCUAAGUAAAGAAUUGAGUUUUGAGGAUCACGUUUUGAGGAUCCAGUCAAGUCUUGAGUCUUGAAACUUUUCCUACUAAAAUGACGUCUUGUAAUUGCCCAGCAAAAGAGAAAACAGAUGGGAAAAAAGUGGGAUGGAGAGAAAAAGAAAGGAAAAACUUGAUGGGACUGUAUCACUUUUAUCUCACAAUUUUGGGCAGUUAUGACUCUUUUUAGUCAGAUAGUGACCAAAAAAUGGCUCCACCAGCUUCAAACAGUGUUUUUUCUGUCAAAUUUUCAAGAGCAAAAUGUUUAAUGUUUUGUUUACCCGUAUUCUCUUUCAGGGUGAUUGAUAACUUGCCUGUGGCUACAACAUUUGAACUGGAAGGCAAGGUACAUGUAAAUUGAUAAUACUUUUUGUAGGCUAGAGCAGAAACUAUUUCUUUUUGUUAUUUUAUAACUGCUUAUGGUCAUUGCUUGGAACUUGUUAAUUUGUCAGCAAGAGCUGUUGAGUUAUCAGAGAGAUUAAGAGUGACAUUUAAGGAAGAUGGCUAACAUGAAUUUGUACCAUGUGACCAAGUUUUCUCGCUACCUGUCAUUUGUUAUUCAUUACUUCUACCCAAAAAAUAAGUAUUUUUAUGUCAUUUUUAUCCAUAAGAAUUGUUUUGAGCUGUUUUUAUAAGCCUAUUUUCUGUUUUGACAAAUUCUCAACUUGAAACUGACUUUUGCUGUUUGCCGUUAACGUGACUGUUAAUAGAGGCCUUUAGAUUCAAGGACGAGGACGACUACGAGUACGAGAUUUCACUUAAAGUUUCUUCGCGUCUUCUCAAAAUAUAGACUUCCCGGAAAGCUUCAUUUUACCAUUUUUCACCAGAAAAGUUAGCAGUGUUACCUUUAGUGAAGCAGGUUACACCCUCUCCUGAUCGCAAAAUGAUAAAACUUCUAACAUUUGAGAUCUUGUUUCCACUACUUCGACAUUCUCGCUAAAACUCGUAGUAGAAUGACGACGGCUACCACGUUUUCCCGCCAAAAUGACGCUGGUUCACGCGCGGGCACUACUUAGUACUGAGAAAAUCUCGUACUUGUAGUCGUACUCGUCUUAGAAUCUAAAGGUCUCUAAUCUCUCUGUUACUUCAAAAAUAACAGUAUGGUAUAAACAUGCCAACCUACAUGUCUAUGUAUUGGCAGUAUUUUUUUGUUUGAUUCCUUAUUCUAUUUUACUUUACAUGUACAUGUAACCUUUUGCUUUCCUUGAACCAUAGAAACAGUAUGAUCACGGAUUUAAACUUGGAUUUGUCAUAGACAAUGUAAGUGAGUCAAACAGUAGCUGAUUUAAACUAAACUAGCAUAAGAGUGAUUUUACUUAACCCGUGAAAUAGGUAGUAGAAUAAUACGCACUAUUACGCACUAAUUCUAUUGUCUUCUUUUGUUUAUUUGUAGCUAUUUUGCACUAGUUGUUAUUAACUGUUUUCCGUGUCAAGAAAAAUCUCUGUAAUGAAAUAUUAAUAGUAAUAUUAUUCAAAAUCUCUCAAACCCAUCUUAGAACUUUGUCUUCUCUUUUUAGAACAAUUUUUUGAACAAUCAUUUGAAAAUGGUCCUUAAAUACCAUACCUACGAUGAGUAAGUGUAUUUUAGUUGUUAUUAAUUUAGUUGUUUGUUAAGAAAAUUGAAUUACAACUAUAAUGACAGCAGUAAGAAUAAUGGUGCAAUGUGAGAAGUUCAAUGAGCUAAAACUUUUUCAGGAGCGGAACAAGGUUGUCCCUAGUGUGAAGAUCGGCAAAACAGUUUUCUCAAAUUUUAUGAGUACCUUUAAAACUGAAGAAUUCUUUCUGACAAGAAUUAAGUUGCAAAGUUGUACCUCUGUGGGAGACGUGUUGGGGCCUAUCCACUUUAGCAGACAAAUUAGGAAUUUUCUUUGAAACAUUUCAACCAAAAUGGUGAUAAUUUUCGUUUGAAAGAAUUUAUCCGCGUGAGAAACUAUUUACUCCUAGUGUGAAGAUCGGCAAAACAGUUUUCUCAAAUUUUAUGAGUACCUUUAAAACUGAAGAAUUCUUUCUGACAAGAAUUAAGUUGCAAACAGCAUGCAAAAAUUAGAAUUUUCUUUGAAACAUUUCAACCAAAAUGGUGAUAAUUUUCGUUUGAAAGAAUUUAUCCGCGUGAGAAACUAUUUACUCUUAACAGCAUGCAAAGAAAGUCAGUUUUACAGCCUGCCAUUCGGGCAAGCUGUAGCUAGCAUGUACUAGCCCACAAGUCAUUUCAACUAGCUCCAAAACACUUUUGAUUAACAGGAUUGAUUAUAAUCCUUCUGUUAUUUGAAUUUGCCCAAAAAACAGCACUUUCCCGUCGGGCAAGAUAAGAACAAAAAUCACUAGCCCAAUAGCAAAAUCUACUAGCCCUGGGCUAUUGGACAGGACUUUCUUAGCACACUGCUUAACAGACCGCCACAUCUGUCAACACUUAAUGGAAAGAAUAACUGCUUUUUAACAUCAAAUGAUUGGCAAGAAAAAUGUUUAUUUAGCUGAUUUUGUUCAUUUUUUACCCACGGCUUAUUUUGUCUGUUGCGCCUUUGAAGAUUGUCUCAUCUCAAACAAACUUUGAAUAGACCCAAAUGACUAUCUGAAUUUGUUAAGCAUUGAUGAUGACAGAAAAUUUGUCCAGAUAAACAGCUUUUUUGACAGUGUGGAUUUAUAGGCCCUUACACAGCAAUCUUGGCCACCCAAGUUCACUUAGUAGUAAUCCAGUUUGUAUCUCUGAUCCUAUAAUCCAAUGGGAACUGCUAGGACAUGCCAUGGUGAGUCGCAAAAAUGUCUCUGGACUGUAAUGAACACCUCUUCAUCAACAGUGACCAUUAACAAAAAGAUUGCAUACAUCUGUAUUUGGCUAAUAAAAAUUAUUAUGCUUUUAGUUUUUGCGGAGCAUGCAAGAGAAGCAAUAUUUGUUAUCGUUAAUAGUCUUAUGAAAUAAUGCAUUUUUCUUCACAGUGAUUCAUACCGAGUUGUUGGAUUUGAAGUGGAAACAAGAAGGUAAAAUACCGAUUGAUAGGGUUUAAUUCAUCUGCCUUCUGUUUCUCUCUAUUAACUGAUAGAUAAGAGAUAAACAUGUAUGGGCAUACAGCUGAACCGCUGACAACCAAAUGUUAAGUUUAAUUUUUUAUGUCUCUUUUUUUGAUACUCUCACUCGAGAAGUCAGCAAAAUAUGUGUUGUGUUUCCUUCUAGCAACAGUUGUUUGCUUUGAUUUUUUAUUCAUGAGGAAAUCUGUUGCUUGAGCCACAUUCACUACACUGUACAGUACUUGGUGACAACAUGUCACUAAAUUAGGGGCACUAGGGGAUGAAAGAAAAAAAGAACGAAAGAGGGGUGGGAAAAGAGGAGAAAGACAAGAAGGGAGGAAAUGUGUAUGGACAAAAUGAAACGGUAAGGUGGAGUUCAAAACACACAAAUGGUAGGGAAAGCUGCCUUAUCAAUACUUAACUGUUGUAAUAAGCGUGAGACAGAAAAUAUCCGACUGUCUGACAAGAUUUUAACUGGCAACCUUCAGGAGAAGACAUCAGAAAAGGUGGCAAUGAGCAUUAUUUAAGUUUAAAGAAAGCUAUUAUAAGAACACAGAGGAAUAGUGAGAAAAAUUACAGUUGAAAAUAAUAUUGUUUGUAUCUACAGUAUUGCAAGAGAUGCAGUAUCUAAUGAACAAGGCAGUAACAAGUGUUCCUUCACAUCUGAUAAGCCAUCAGGACAAGUGGUCGCUCCUGACAGUAAGUAUUCUUCUGUACCCAGACAGUAUCCAUUGUGGUAUUUUAGAGUGGUCAAUAGAAAAUGUGACCAUCUCCAGAAAAUCAACACUAACACUUUUCCGUUUAAUGGCUAAAGGCAUUUACAACUCGUUACAGAAGUGUUAAAACAGGUUUUGGAAAUCAUUAGAAGCAUUUGGAAAAUCAUUAGAAUUUUUUAACCUGCUGUUACAAGCGUUGGAAAAACUGUUCAAGGCAUUAGAAAAAGUUGCUCAAAUUUUGCAUCAAAAACGUUUGAAGCGUUAAGAGAAGUUGUUAGAAUUUUGUUCACUGCUUGGAAGAUUGAAGCAUGAGCCAUGGUAAGUUUUUUUCAUCAUUAAACCUGAUUCUUAAGGUUCAAGCUUAACAAUGUAUUGACUUGAGUUAAACAGAUAGAGAGAUUACUUAAAAUCACAAAGAGAGCUUAUUUCUGUUUUAGCUUUAAAAUCAACAAAUAGAGGCAAAAGAUCAAAUUGAUCCUGUAACAUAUGAACCUGAAUGACAAGUUAGCUAAGUACAGAAAUUCCGUCCCAAAUUGCCAAAAUAUCUGACAAAAAAAGGUCUCACAAUUAAAAUGACACAUUAGUAAGCUGUCUACAAUGAACAAAGGAAAAUCUGAAACAAAAGCAAGAUGUUAAGAAAAUGUGAAAACAAUCCACCAUGUUUUGGUCAAACAUGUGCUUCGAAAACUUGCCUUGUUACUAAGCAUGGACGAACACAAGGCAAACUUGUGUGUUCUGUUUUGAUUGAGAGGCGAUUUCUGUGAACAUUUCAAACAUAAUACAAUGAAGAAAUGAGGGAAAAUAGAUAGCAGCAAAAAAACCAAACAACAAUAUUUAUUAUUUAAAACUUUUUUUUAUGUAAGCCGUUUAUGUCGUUUAGUCAACCCAUUAAGCAAACUGUCCAGAAAAUGAAGGCAAUCCGCUCAAACACUUUCCACAACCAUUAGAAAUUUUCGGUUACCCGUUAAAAGCAUUAAUCAAAGGGUUAAAAUGCUUUGAAAAUCCAUUAACAAGCCAUUCAUCGGCUGUUAGUUUUUGCCCGUGUAAUGGAAAAGUGGUAUUGUAUGUUUUCCUGGAGAAGGUCACAAAAAAGUAACAAAUUGUUUUUGUAGGGGUGACACAAUUACUGGCAAACCAAUAGUUUUCAUUGUGGCUCACCAGGUGAAGAAUCUCAACUGGCUGCAGGAAAAACCAGUUGGCUAUUUAGAAUCACAUAUGACCGCGGAGUUAAACCGGAGACUAGCAAACAUAAAUGGGCAGGGAUUGAGCUCAGGGCCUCCUUCCAACAUUCUUUAGAACUCUUUGGCCAUGCUGCCUCCUGCAGUUUAUACAUUAGAUAUUUAUCUGUUGUUAGGUGAUUCAUGACAGAAAACUGGGGUUGUAAACAUGACAUGUUUUGUUUUGUGUUGUAGGCUGUUUUGAUGCAGUCUUUUUUAUACGGGUGUCACUAAAAGUUUCAAUAACAGACAAAUCAGUUCUACAUUAGUUCUUAGUUUUGUGCAUGUUGUCUUAGCUAAAAACAUUAAAACCAAUCUUAUUACUUCAAAAAAAAUUUACAAACCCUAAUUAUUUUUUACAGAGGAAAAUACUUUGGUAUACACCUAUGAAGUAAAAUGGGAGGUAUGUAAGCCUAGAAACUUGUAUUGUUGUAGGCUUUGUGGCUUUUCUCUAUUCCAUGCAAUGACAAGUUCAAGUUUCUGUAGAUCUCUGGUGUAGAAGUAACAUUAUUAUUACAUUCUCCUGACGUCAAACAAAACCUAAUGUAAACCCAACCUGCAAAAAGCCUUGCGAUGAACAUUUAGCAGUAAAGAAAGUUAAUUUGUUGUUUGGGACAAGUACCAGAAACGGAAAUAUGUCAUAGACCUUAGACUUCUGUUCCCAGGGUCUGUAAAUUUGUUUAGAUCAGAAGUGCCUGAGAGGAAAAACAUGUUAAGAAAGACUACGAGAGAUAUUGAGAAUGCUCAAUUUGGAUAAAGUACCAUUGAAAUGACAAAGAAAAUCAGCUGGACAUACUGUUGGUUGGCAGAACUAAGGCUAGUAAUCGGAAGGCAAUCAAACAUAAUGAUUUUGAAUUGGCUUUGGCAAACUGCACUCUGCUCUCGCAGGGAAAUUUCUUCAAAACAAGUUGUGAGUUUUUUUGUAUUUGAAACCACUCAGUAAAAACUAUUAAGUUUAGUUUUAAGCUUAUUUGUGAACAUGUCAGCUAAAUAAAGAAACAACUUAUUGGCAUUUAUAAACAAAACAUUUUUUCACUGGUUUCAUCAACAAAUUCAAGUCAAACAGACAAAGCUUAACUUCCAAACCAAAUUUUGUCACCUUCCUGUAUUUCGGGAACAGCCUGUUUGAUUAUUUGUGAAAUUUCUUUGUCUGUUGUGGCAACAAACUGGGAAGCUACUUUGUUUGAAACGUACACAAGUUUGGCAUCGCUCGCUCACUCGGUGGAACUGGAGGUGAAUCAGUGAAUAGCACUUGAUAUCCCGAUUUUGAGUAGCCAAUCAGAGUGAGCAAAAUACACUAUCCACUGUUUUAGUAUAAUACUUAAUUCGAUUACCAGAAGCUGUCCUUUGUGUCCUCAAGGGCUGUUUUCUAAUUUGAAAACAGAUGUGAUAUGUGCAGUUCAUCAGGGGAAUAAAAAAACUUUUACUUCAUUGUUUAAUACUUAAAACCUUUUUUCAUUUCACUCGGGUUGAUUAAAACAACUACUAUACACUUUGGUCUCGAUAAAAAAGAAAUGUGGCUCUAUCAAACAGAUCCUCCUAAUCCAACUUGUCCCCACAUUUCACUGAAACCUCUGAAUGUUUCCACUUUGGUGAUGUUGCAGGUCAAAAUUAAAUUCAGGUUAGAGUUUUUUAACCCAGGUUGAUUCACAAUUUCCUUUUUCACCUAGCCCUAAUUCAUGAAUAAUUAUGGCUAGGAGACAAUGGAAAUUGAGAAUCAACCUAGGUCCUCAGUUAAAAAAUUUUAACCUGAAUUUAAUUUUGACCUCUAAUAGUGAUAUAUCCAAAAGUAAACAUUCAAACAAGCUUAAUAAUUCCUGAUUAUUGCUAGUGUAAUAAAGUAGGUAUAUACAGUGUAAUAGAAAACUGACAACCAGAGACUGAUGGCAUGAAUUUGACUUAUGAUGCAGGCCAGCGAUAUUGUGUGGGCUUCCAGAUGGGACACCUAUUUAGCCAUGAGUGAUGUUCAGAUUCACUGGUUUGCAAUUGUAAACUCUGUCGUUAUUGUCCUUUUUCUCUCUGGUAAGUCUGCGUACUCUUUUACUUGAAAUCAUUUAACAUUUCCAAGAACCCUAGUAAACACUCCCACUCCUUGUUUUUGAGACAGCUAGUUGUGGUACGUGUAUCUUGACUUCAGCCAAGACUCUCCUGGGAGACUCCUCACCAUUACAGACGGUUACCCUUGUCUAAAGGGAUUAACCUUUAUGUAAUCCCUGAAUCUAUGCUGUUGAUUGGUACGGCAGAACAUUUUCUUCAUGACUCUGGUAAGGCUGGAGAAACUCUCCUCUUAGUAAGUCCUUUUUUAAAAAAAUGAGAGGCUAAAGCCCCACAUCAUGGCAGACAAUUUAUCACAGGAGUGGAUUGAGGGUGAGACUUGCAGACUGACUGACGGGUAAAUGAGAUAAACAUUGUUGUGAAAUGCUCUAACAGAUUCCCUAUCCCUAAACUAGACUUUUAGGAGAUCAUGUUAAGUUUAGGGACAGGGAAUAAUAUUAAUACAUAAUAUACAUAAUAAAUAAAUAUAGUUUAUUUCACUUUCUUGCAGUUAAAAAAUACUGAAUGAACAAGUGAUACGUAUACAAUCUAAAAAAUACAACAUAACUAUGCUAGGACUUUACAAAUAAUAAUUACAUUAUUUUAGAUAUUCUUAAACAUGAUUGCUAGUACAAUAAUAAUUAUUAUUAUUAUUGUACUAGCAGUGGUGUUUAAGAAUAAUCUAAAUGUAAAAAAUUAGUCGGCUCUCUUAGUUUUUCUUAAUUUGUUUAUUGUUCUUUCACUAGCAGAUCUUAAAUUAUAAGAGAUAGAUCUUGUUUCAGAUUUUGUAAUGAGGAAUGAUAUUGGGUUAUUGUGAUUGCUAGCCAUAUCACAGACAAAUCGACAACACAGGGAAACCUUUCUAUUUGCUAGAGAUUGAGACGUUUGCCUUUAAAAGGGCUUGAUUAUACACUGUGCAUUCAGGAUUUAUAAUUUUGAGUGCUCUCUUUUGAGUACAUUCUAUCCUAUCAGACAAGUACUCUGGAAUGUCCUUCCAGACUUGAAUCACACAUUCUAAAAUUGAUCCAAUGUUACUUAUAUACACUUUCAAGAUGUCAUGUGGGUUGACGCCUGCACGUUUUAAUAGUCUUGCGGCAUACAAACAUUUUGCCGCUUAAGCAAUGAUACAGUCUACAAGUGAGUUCCAUUUACGAUCUUUUUAACCCUUUAAACCCUAACAUCAAAAUUCAAAUUCUCAUUUGUUAUCCAUAGACAUUUUCAAUAGAAGUAGUGGGGAGAAUUUGUUGAAGUAUCAAUUAGAUUCAUCUUGUGUGAUCAUGUCCGUAAUUCUCAUGACCACUCUGUUUUACAAAGCAUUGAUAUCACAAGGAGAAAUUUGACGCUCAUCACUCUUAGGGCUUAAAGGGUUAAAGUAGUUACUCUGAGUAGUUUGUAUGUCAUCACAGUCUCAACUACUUGGUUCCCAAUACAAAUAGGUAUCAUUACAGUAUUACGAUUCGCCAUGAAGUCAACAACCAUUUCCUUUCAUUUCUAAAUUUUUGGGUUUCACUUCAUUCUAUGACUUAUACAAUACUCAUGAAUGUCUCUAACUGCUAUGUCAAGCAUACUUAUGUAAUUUCUUUGGAUGACUUCAAGUACAGUAGUAUCAUCAUCACAGCAUUUCAUCAACAUAGCAUGUUGUCAUUUCACAGCAUUGUUUACCUUGUUCACCACAUUCUAUGCCCAUGGUAAAUUGUCUCUCCUACAUCACAGCCCCCUUGUUGCACUUUCAGUUGACUUCAGCCUAGUGCAGACAUUUUGCUCUGUAGCUUUGAUGACUUUGUCAUUAGAGAUUUGACUGCUUUUAAAUAACCUAUGAUGCCUAGCAUUGUAAAUAACACAGCUCCAGAAUAUCUGACUUCGUGUUUUGUUCGUUGCUGCAAUUUAACUAGUUAUAACCUUAGAGAGAAUGAAUACAAGGUCGCUGUUCCACAACCCCGUACUGAACUUUAUAAAAGAAGUCUUUCUUACAGCGGAAGUGUAUUAUGGAACAGCUUGCCUCUGGAGGUGCGACAAUUGACAUCCCCUAGUAUCUUUAACGGAAAAUUAAGAGAAAAAAACUUUGAUUGACAAAUAAUUUAAUUAGCGAUAUUCUGUUUUUACACACGGCCUCCUUGAAAAGCAGGUGUUUUCUUUUCAUCUUUAUUAUUUUAGUUUUUAUCUUAGAUUUUAGAUUAGUUAGGAAGUUAGUUUUUCUAUACUUGAAUGUGAAUGUACCUGAAGGAAAUACCGUGUAUAAAUAAAGUUACCAUUACCAUUAUGUAGAGGACUUGAUAUGCAUGUAUCACUCAUACAGCUUUUAUUAAUGAACCUCAGGUUUUUAAAAAAGAUUAUUUACCUGUGACUUUUUUCCCUCCUCAGCUAUUGUAUCUAUGAUCAUGAUCAGGACAUUACGGCGUGAUAUUGCACGAUAUAACAAGGAGGAGGAAAUGGUAAAGAAGCCUAUUGAAUGAAAAGUCCUUAGCUGAGCUGAACGUGAAGAGAAGUCUUCUAAUGAUACGAUCCUUUUUAAUCACAUUAUGCCUCACAGGAAGACACCAUGGAAGAAACUGGCUGGAAACUAGUCCAUGGGGAUGUAUUCAGACCUCCUCAGAGGGCAUGGUUACUGACAGCAUUUGUUGGAUCAGGGGUGCAGAUCUUCUGCAUGGUUCUCAUCACAUUGGGUAGGUAUCUUGUGAACUAAUUUUAAUGUUAUUACAAAUUAUUAGAGAAGCUUAGUAAGAGCAGAGGAUUCAUUCAUGAACAAAGAAAUAAAUGAUCUUUUCAUAUGGUUUUAUCAUGUGUAACAUUGAAGAUUUGUAAGUUUAAGAGGUAGUGUUGGGUAUGCAGGGUUUCACUAUGAACAUUGUUAGCACGUCUUAUGUAUUUUUAUUGUUAUUUCAGUAUUUGCAAUGCUUGGAAUGUUGUCUCCAGCCAGCAGAGGAAGUCUUGUUACAGCUAUUAUAUUUCUCUAUGUAUUCAUGGGGUGAGUACAAAACAAAAGUGCUUGAAAUGACCAUGUUUUUUUCACUAUAUUCUUUGUAUUAUAAAUAAAUGUACAAAUUUAGAUAACAUACAUAUGCUUUUGGCCAAAGACUCCAGUUCCUACCUGCAUUGAAGUCUAGUAUUCUUUUGAGUGGCUGCUGUGUCACUAAAUUCUGAACCAGUAAUUCAUAAUGACCAUAUUUUAAAGCUACAAUAAAUACAUUAUACUUGGUUUGUGCUUUCCUUUUUCUUUUUCUGUAUAGGAUUUUUGCCGGUUAUUUUGCUGCUCGACUUUACAAGACAUGUAAAGGCCAAAACUGGAAGAAAUCUGCAUUGCUGGUAAUUUGUAAUUUCCUUAUUGAUGACCAACAUGCUCAUCUGCUUUCCUUUCACAUAGAUGUUGCUGCUAUGUUUGCAUUAGAUUUUUGACAUUAAAAUUUCUAUAUCAAACAAGAGGAAUAUUUUAAUACAGGCAUCAUGAUGCAUUUCUAUUAUUUGUCUCAAUGUCCAAUUUAUUGAAGCUUUUGACUGCAUGUCAGUCUUCUUCUGCAAUGACUUAAUUCACUGAUAAGUCCUGUAACAACACUGAACUCAGUCAUUGCCAAUAAAGACUUUGAGAUGCGGUUAAAAGCUUUGAUGCUUUAAUAUUAAGGGACUUUGAGAUCGAGUUCCCUCACUCAGCCUCUUCAUCCCAGCUGGGACAUAAAAAACUCAUUAAUAAUUCAUAAAGAAAUUCAAAGGAAUUUAAUGUUUAAUGAGUGUUUGGAAAUCAGAUGAAAAACUGCUCAUUUUUGCAUCCGUAAUUUCUCUUCUGAAAUCGUUUUGUUUGAGAAGUAAUAUCACGCAUUCAACACAGUGUUUCAUGACCAGACGAGACACCUCAAAGUCAAAAAUACUCCACUGUGCAUUAUAUUUCAACUCUCUUCUCGGUGUUUCCCCUGGCGAUGAAACACUGCAUCUCAUGCUUGAUGGAUUACUUCAAGGUCAAGAAUGAGCUUACAUAGUGUUUCAUUUUUUAUUAUGUUUUGUUCCCCAGACAGCUACUUUGUACCCUGGAUUUGUUUCCAUAGUUUGCUUCAUCUUAAAUUUCUUUAUCUGGGGACAACACUCAUCUGGAGCGGUAAGGCUUAUGAGAAAUAGUUCACAUUGAAAGUGCACAAAUGGACCCCUCGCAUAGACAGACACUCACAGAAAGUCAUAGUCUCCAUGGCAAACAGAUACUGCAUAAUUUUAACCUUUCUCAAAUGGACACUCUCCCAAGCAGGCACUUCUUCUGAUUGCAAGAAUGUCCAGUUACAGGAUUCAUGUUUGACUGUACCUCACAACAUUUUAAGGUUUUUUUUUACCUGUUAUGACAUUUAUUCAAUCCAUUGUUUGCUCUUAAUACUGUUCAGACAUUAGUCCCACAGCCAUAAAUGGCAAAUUAACUUCACUCCAUUGUUGAUACCUAAAAAACUGUAUUGACAUCUCGGGUGCCCAGCAUAUGAUUUGCACGAGAAAACUAAGAUUUUCUAGGCGCCCAAGGCCAUAAGUGAAGUGCCAGAGCCCACCGGGCUCUGCUAGAGCACAGUCCUGCAUCUGAUGGGUUUUCUGUGUUUGUAAUAAUUUUGUUCUAGAUUCCUUUCACCACUAUGCUUGCCCUGCUCUGCAUGUGGCUUGGGAUUUCAACUCCUCUAAUUUUCCUGGGCUAUUACUUUGGAUACCGAAAACAGGUGAGUUAUCAAACUGUAGGAAAUAUGUGUCUUGCAAAACCUUACCAAUUUUGGAGUGAUUGGGGCCACUCAAGUUUACCCCUGUUAAAUUUGGUGGGGUUGGGUACUGGAUGGUUGACGAGCUGCAAAUAUCCUAUGUUGUUGACUCUGGGACCUUGAGCUUCAAAAUAAAAGUGAAAAUCAAGGUAAAAGAACAUUUGUAUAAUUUUGUAUAUCACUUCAUGGAUGAGUUCGCUACUGUAUGCACAAAGGAAUUGUGUUUCAGUUUGGCUUUUUACUGUCAAAACCUUGCUUCCCUGGAAUGUAUCUUUGGUUUUUAUAUUACACUGAGGCAAACCCUCAAUGAACUUGAGGCUUUUUACUGCCAAUGACUGGUUUUACCAAUGUAGUUCCCUACUUUGGCUGUUGUCCAGUUUAAAUGUGAACUUGCAUUUUGUUUUCCAUCCAGCAGCCAAAAUUAUAUGCUAAAUAUGCUUUGCUAUAUGCAUUUAAAGAAUUUAAGGUAGGAAAAAAAGAAAAGAAGGAAAAAUGGUGGCGAGGGAGACAGAUGUUUGUUACAUCUAGCAAUCCCUGAAACUGACUUAACUCUCCAUUUAGACAGUUUUCCCACAGUUUUUUUUUACUCUUAACUUGGACAUUUCCGCGAGAUGCAAAGGGUUUAUCUUUCCAAGUACCAAAAAUGUACAAGAGCUUUUUUGCUAUUCAUUGGUAACUUAAAAUGGCAAAAGGAGUUUGGCACUGCCCCUCUGAAUAUCCUACGAACUUCAGACAUUUCGUUCUUUCUUUCUUUCUUUCUUUCUAAAUCUCUUUUGGACACUUGUCUGUUGUUAAAGAAAGAAAGAAAGACAGACAGACAGAAAUAGGAGUCUGCAUUAAAAAAUAUUAAUUUUGUGGAUGGUCACCUUUUCGGUUCCCAACCCCACCCAACAGGGCUUAACUUGGAUGACCUUGUUUUCUGCUAGGGUCAUCAGGUUUUGCAAGACUUGUAUUUCUAGAUCUGUGUCUUGGUGACUAAUGAAAGCUGUCAAUAUAUUGUUGUACAGAGUUACAUGGUGGUCGUCUUAAAAAGUUAACAGUUUGAAGUUUAGUGGCUCCCUGCUGUUGUGUUCUUUGUUUCUCAUUGAUUCUUUGCACCCAAUUGUAUCAAUGGUCGGCAGAAAAUGUAAUACUUCAUGCUCUUUUGGAAUUAUAACAUACUCCAAAAUGUUUUGUGUUUCAGCCUUAUGAGCAUCCUGUGCGAACCAACCAGAUUCCUCGACAGGUUCCAGAACAGUCCUGGUUUAUGAAUCCUUUGCCAAGGUACAUUGUAAAUAUAAAAUAAAUAAGUAAACCUCCUUUUUCAAAGGUUUGUAAUUGGCGUGGAAUUCUUAUAACUCUGCACCCUGGUUCAAACAAGACUCAAGAGGACUGCAUCUUUUGAUUGAACAACAGCAUUUAAUCCAAGCGAACAAUCUAUCACAAUGUACAAUUCUCACUCCUUCAACGAUCAGAGAAGAACUGCUGCAUUCUAAGAAUACAGAGGUUUUUUCUAUUGCCCUUGCAUAAGGCAGUAUUUUUACACAAAUCAGAUGUACAGUAAAUUCCCAAUAAUUACUGAAACAUAUAUAAAUUAAGUUAGUAUAAAAAUUGCAAAAUUGCACAUUCUUCCACCUUGUUUAGCCUUACUAAGUGCAUGCAGUUACAUCAUUUUAUAUAGUAAAUUUACUUGGACUUUGUCUAUGUUGUAGUUGAUUUUUUAUGGCAGGUAAUUAAUUUUUUGUUUUUCUUUUUUUGUGGGGUAUGGUAAUGUAUGCUAAUGAAGUUGAAACAAAGGAAAAAUAAAAAUUACCUGGGAUAAAAAAUUAACUACAACAUCUACAUUGUUAACAAAUUAAUAUUAAGCCAUGAAAUGUAUCUUGUUUGCACUACAAUUGUCAAUUUCUAAUUAGUAUUUAAUCACACAAUCAUUAAGUUAAGCAUGUCAGAUUUCUUUCGUGACAGUGAUAAAGACCUGACUCUGGCUUUGUGUUGUUCCAUAACAAAAACAUGUAAAACAUUAACUGAUCCUGUCAUUCUUUUAGUAACCUCAUGGCUGGCAUUCUUCCUUUUGGUGCUGUAUUUAUUGAACUCUUCUUUAUCUUGUCUGUAAGUAUAUAUUUUGCUUAGUAACAUUAAGAAACAAACUCAUCAGAUCACAAAUUCAGAUAUUUUGUGUUACUCAACAGAGAUUUAUUAUUAUUUUCUGAAAGUCCUAAAAUACUCUUUAAAUCUGCAAAUCUAUUUGGUAUACUAAUUUUGAAUAUUUUACGUUGAUGCCUCUAGGCCAUCUGGGAAAACCAGUUCUACUACUUGUUUGGUUUCUUGUUUUUGGUCUUCCUGAUUCUCGCCAGCUGUGUUUCCCAGAUUUCUAUAGUGAUGAUCUACUUUCAGUUGUGUACUGAGGUAAUCUUGAUAUUGCACACUUGGUAAAAUUUGGAUCAAGUUAUAUAGCACUGGACAAACAGCAGAAACAAUACUCAUUGCUAUUAUUAUUAAUACCAAUAUACCUUAUUUACUUGAAUAAGUGCCGCCCCCAAUGAAAAUUAAUGCUGCCCAUGAAUAAGCCCCUUAUUUGGGAGAAAGAAGUUAAUAAGGACUGCCCCUGAAUAAGUGUCGCGGCCCUGGUAUAAUCAAGAUCAAAAGACGUUAAUUCUUUUAGUUCUUAAAAUAUGGAAAAUAAUGAUACUGUAGUCAAUUCUUUAUCACCUCGCAACUUUCAAAUAAACACCUCCCUCAAAUAAGCACUGCUCUUUAGGAAAGAAAACUUUAAUAAGUGCAGGGUGCAAAGAAAGUCAGUUUUACAGCUUGCCAUUCGGACAAGGUGUACCUAACUUGUGCUAGCCCACAAGUCGUUUUACUAGCCCCCAAACCCUUUUUGAUGAGCAGGAUUGAUUACAGUUCUUCUGUAAUUUGAAUUCCCCCAAAAAAUCACUUGCCAAUCGGGCAAGUUAAGACCAGAAUUCACUAGCCCAACAGCAAAAUCCACUAGCCCCUGGCUAUCGGACACCACUUUCUUUGCACGCUGAAGUGCCUUGGUGCUUUUUCAAGUGAAUAGAGUAUUGCUGCAGCCUUAAUCAAGUAUACAUGGAUGCACUUUAGGUCUCUCUUACUUACCUGUGUAAGGAAUCUUUGUUGGAUAUUUUGAAUGUAUGACUUAAACCAUUGGUGUUUCUUUUUACAGGAUUACCAUUGGUGGUGGAGGUCAUUCUUUACAUCUGGUUCCUGCUCUAUCUAUGUGUUUUUAUAUGCUGUAUUCUACUUUGUUACAAAAGUGAGUUUUUUAGCAUCCAAAGCUCAGUGGAUUUUGUGAUUUAUGGAAAUAGUACUUUGCAUUGGUUCUUGCUGUUUUCUAGAUUAACAUGAGUACAAACUACUGACCCUAAUGCUACGUAACAUAUUUACUUGAUUAGGUGUCCUGGGUGCUUAUUAAUUUUUGAACCUUUAAGGUGGGCGCUUUUUCAGGGCUGGGCUCUCAUUGAAUUCAGUAAUAGUAAUUUUAUUUUCAAUUGCAACAAAUCAUGAAGAUGUUCCAAAGACAAAUUUUAACUGUUCAUUGAAAGUUUAAAAUAUUGGUCUUCAGGAAAGUCUCUUAGUCUAUGCCAAUCAGUAUUUUUUUUGUGGGUGGUGGUAGGGGCUGGGCGAUUAUUAACAAUUUCUGGCAAUAGGGUGGGCAGUUAUUUGAGAGGUUGAGGUUGGGGGCUUAAUCAAAUAAAUAAUUAUGGUAGAUUCUUUCUCUAAAUGCAGUUGUAGUAGCUGAAUAAUUACGGUGAUCACAGGAGUUUGCUUUCUUUGGUGUUGUUUUUGUUGUUUUUAAUAUCUCAAUUUAAUCCCACUCUCCUUUGUGUCUGCAUUCAUAUUCCUGUCUUUUGCCUCUAGCAAGCAUGGGGACAGGGAGCAGUGGGAAAGGGAAUCAUCCCUCUAGACUCAUGUCCAUAUGCGGGAGCAGGGAGUUAACAAAAGUUAAUACCGGCACCAACGUAAACCUCAACAUUUCCUUUGUGCCAUAAAUGAUUUACUUUCGUCUGCCCUGUUCCUCAUUUACGGAUUUGAUAAUGACCCACCUUCUUGACUGGUCUUUUCCUUAGCUUGUAGUGAUGUUGAUUAUGAUGAUGAUGAUGAUGAUGACUCACUGUCGUAAUGAUUUUUUCUUUUUAGCUCGAAAUCCAAGACUUUAUCCCAGGCCUACUAUACUUUGGAUACACAGUUAUCAUGGUACUCUCAUUCUGGCUUCUAACUGGCUCUAUUGGUUUCUAUGCAACAUACAUCUUCAUCAGACACAUUUAUGCAGCAGUGAAAAUUGAUUGACAAGUGCUUUAGCAUCAAUGAUACAUUGAAUAAGAAGUAAAUCACAACAACCCUGACCAUCAGCUGCAAUAGCUUAAUCUGUUGAAUGGAAAUUUUGUUUUUCAAGGGAUAUGCAUAAAUAUAAAAUGAGAUAUUUGCAGUGGCAGAAGAGGUGAUUUUAGUGUUAUGUAAAUUCUGGAACCUGUUGUUAAGUUUUGUCGGCUUUUCCUUGUUCAGAUUUCUUAACGACAUGUAUAGGUAUUUUAACUUUACACCCCAUUUUCUGUUAUGUAGAAUAAUGUAUCUAAAAGGCCUUUAGUGGUGAGAAUUGCUCAAGAACUGAACACUUUACCUCACAGUUACAUUUAUAUAAUUUUCUUGUCUAGACUAGACAGGCACCAAUACUUUUAUUUUGCCUAUUUAAAAUAUUUUAAUGUAACAAUGAUAAGCUGUAGUGGUAGAGAAUCCAAGAAGCCUCAGUGCUGUUGAAAUAACAAUUUUAUUUUAAUAUUUGUUGCCAUAGAUUAUGUAAGUGGUGUAGAUUCUGUCAAUAUUAUAAUUAACUUAAAUCUGCAGCUGAUUUUCAAGUCUACUUGCUCUUGAAGUAGUGUACUGUCGUUCACUGCAGCUUCAUGAAAACAGCUUUUGCUAUUUAACAGUUAAAUGCCUCUAUUUCACAAAGCAUUCAAGUUCUUUAGCUGAAACGGUCAUGAAGAAACGAAAAAAAAAAAAGGAUUGAUAUUAGACUAUGAACAUUGCUGUAGGUGACAAGAACUAGGAGGUAAUAAAAUUUGUGGGAAAAGAAGGAAUGCAGAAAUGACAAGAAUAGCCUGAGUAUCAAGCGUUUCUGGGGAAAAGGGGAAAGAUGGAAGCGAAAAAAGGAGAGAGCUGAAGGCUGAGUAUCAAGCGUUUCUGGGGAAAAGGGGAAAGAUGGAAGCGAAAAAAGGAGAGAGCUGAAGGCUGAGUAUCAAGCGUUUCUGGGGAAAAGGGGAAAGAUGGAAGCGAAAAAAGGAGAGAGCUGAAGGAGAGAAACGCCUGACACAGAUGCUUUUACUGGAGCCUUCCACCCCCACACAGCAUGAUUCGAUACCAUCCAAUCAAAAUCACUUCCGGUCAUUGGGUUGUCAGCUUCACGUGUCAAAAAGCUCGCCUAAAAUAAAUCUCACUUUACGGUUUGGCCGAGGUCCGGUGUUUGUGUUGCAUUUUGCUACGAUUUCGCUUUUUUUUAAAACCUCCAAUGAGGAGUUUUCGAAUAGCUGUAAUUUAAAACAUUACAGGAAUUAUAACAUGUUUUAAAAAUUGUGCUAGUAUAAGAUCGCCAACGCUCUGUUUGUAAAUAAACGUGCCCCGGAAAAUUGUAAAUUGCUUUUGUUUACAGAGUUACAUCAGGCGCUUGUCUGGCAGCUAAAAAGCUGAUGUUAUCCCUCGUAUCCUCGGACGGUUGAAAGGAGCUGCACGAAUAAAUAGGAAGGUGCGAUGGUGAAACACCUAUGCCUAGAAAUUAUCAAGCAGCAGCAAAUUCCACCACUUCACAGAGAGCCCGUGAAAGCUGUUACAAGUUAAAAAAAAAAGUGAGAGCCUUUAAUAGCAAAGGUCAACCCCGUUGGCGAAAUAUGAUGGCGCCCGCUUGAGCUUAAGACAUUUCAAAAGUGAGAAAAUUUUGGAAGAGGAAGCGAACGAAUUCCAAUCACGUACGCUAUCGUAACCACCACAAGCAAAGUCAAGCUCAGUUUUUAAAAGCAAUGGUGCUGUCGGCUAUUCUCAAUACAUGGCUACCACGCUCUAAUUUUAUUUACAGUAACAAUACCCUUUUAACGGUAGGAUGUUGUUUUGUCCCGGUCUAGUGAAACUAAUGCUCGGACAUAUAGUUUCGGCAGAAGCUGGUAUAUGAGGCGUUUCCAUACUCCGAGAACAUCUUCCAUUCUAACUACGAGGCUUUGAAAACACAAUUCUUGCUCGGGUUUUGUUUUUAUUCCCGGAAAGAACUUGAGAGCGCCCUCUAGAGCCUCUUUGAAUUCCUCUCUGCGUUUCUAUCCAUAAAAUUACCACAUGAAAUCAAAACACUGUGCUCGUGUUUACUUGCGGUCGGUGACGUCAGGGCGUAUUGUGUGUUAUCCAAUCACUACCACAUCCAGAUUCUGGAUGUGUCACACGACUUGCUGAAUGGUUUUGUGUCAGGCCUUCCUUUCUCUUCUCCCCCUCCCCCCUCCCCCCUCUCAAAUCUCCUCUCCCCUAGCCACUUAGGAAGGCCUGAUACUCAGGCUAUGACAAGAAAGGCUUGAUGCUCUUGGGAAAAGGGUACAGAGGGCAGAUAAAUAGGGAAAACCAAAGAACAGUUUAAAGAGAAGUUCAACCUGCAUGACAGCUGUGACUGUGUUUUGUUUUUGGCACCAAACAAUGGAAAACUCCCUGGAAAACCCAGAAUUAAAUAUUGAAACAAGUAUCCUAAAACCGUUAAAUACUUGAAAAAAGUAGCUCCAUGCAAAAAUACUGCUUAAAAUGAGUUCCUUCUUCUUCGUGUGCAUUGUUGCAGUAUAUACCAGCAAUGAGGGAUAAUUUGCAGUAUUGUGUGAUGACUGUGACAUAACUUUAUCAUAUAUUUGCAGCAGAUUGCAGUAGAUAUUCUAGCCUAUUAUGCAGGAGUAUACCAGUUUGACAGAGUGAAAAGUUGUAAGUGCGCAUUCUCACAAUGGAACAAAAAAAAUGUACAAGAAAUUAUAGCUCAAAAUGACAGAACAUUUUAUUUUAAGCUAAAUUCCUUGUUUGAUGGUUUAACAGAUAUUUGUGGAUGUUUUGCAUGCAUUUUCCUUGCUGUUCCUUGCUUCUGCCUACUUCCUCAUAUAAAUAAUAAUGAUAAUGGUUAUUAUCAAUAUUAUUAACUAUUAUAAGUGAUUUUACUUGACCUGUGAAACAGAUACUAACAGCUACUGCAAAAUAGCUACUAGUGAACAAAAGAAGACAAUAACAUUGUAAUUUGUGAGGUUUUU